AUGCUGGAACGGCUGCUGCACGGCGGUGAAACAUUCUCGAAGUCCGGCACCUGGUGUCGGCGGCAAGUGGAGCAGCGUACGGAUGCAGCAAGAGGGCCUUCGGAGAUGGGCGGCCCAAUGAAGCUAGCAGGCGCCGAAGUUCUCUGGAAUACACAACCAGCGCUGUGCGAGUACUACUCUGGUCGAGCCUCGACUCCAGACCUUCCAGACCGCCUCCAAAGGGACAUGGCGCCAUUCCCAACUGACGCACUCGCAAUAGUUUUUGGCAGCGACCGACAGGACUACUUUAGUAUUGCCCCUAACGCCAUCGACGAUUACGACUGA